UAUGUAUCAAUCAGUAAAAAUGUAUAGAUUGUUUUUGAUGCUGGGCAGGUUGAAGCAUUGUUAUUUAGUCUGUUAAUGUAACAUAAAUUACUGUGAGAUUAUUACUGUGAAGCACCUUUUUGAAGGCACCAUACAAGAAAAAAACCUGGUGAAAAUGAUAUGUAAAUAAGUAAGAAUGCAUGUAGACCUACAUAAUUAAGCAAAACUGAAACACUAAUAUAAAGUAUAUACAUUAUAUUUUUUUCUCCCUUCGAAUCUGGGAGGGUGGAACCCCAGCUCCAGCUAUGGACGAGCCCCCAGGGGGCCCAACUUGAUAUUUUUUUCAUGGGGCCCAAAAUCUCUGGCAGCCCCCCUGCAUGCACCUACGUUCAUGCUCGGAUCUGGUAGACUAGUUUCUAUCACGACAAGGAGGUUAAUGAGAACUGUCAGACAUCUGCUAGCAGCUGAACAACAGCUGGAUGGUUGGACCCUAACCUGCUACCAUCAGCCUGGCAGCCAAUCAGAAUUAAACAGCAUCAGUCCAAUUCUGAGCAGCUAUUAGAUCCAAAAGACGACUGUCUGACAUGCACUUCAGGUCUAAUUGCUUAGAGAAGUUAACAGUUGUCUCUUUAACCGCAGCAGGAACUUCCUGAGUGUGUAUCUUCACCUACGGAGAUGAUCGAGGUCCAUAGCUGUGGGUUUCAUGUGCGGUUGUCUGUGCUAGGAAGAGCAGAUCAAAGCUAUGAUUGUUCUUGUGCUGGGAGAACACUCAGCUUACACAUGCAGCCCACAAAAACCAUCAGUACUCUGAAGCAGCAGCUGAAAAACCUGAUGAAUGCACUUAAAGACAAGAGUCACAACUGUCUGAAAACAAAUGAAGCAGGGAUGGGCCCGGAUCUUCGUGUCUGACCUGCUUUACUUUAGUUGCUUCAUUCAAACUCAUUUCCUAAAAUGUUGUUAAGAAAACGUGUCAAUAAUUUCAUUACAAUGUUAUUACCUCUAUUAUUAUUUGAAGUUUCAUCAUUAAUAAGUAAGAUCUAGUGUGACAUGGUAGAAUUAAAAGCCUGUUUUAGACCACUUAACAAACAGAAUACUGGACCCAAAUGGAAUGUUCCAGCAUUUCAGUGAAGUUACUCGUUACAGGAGAGGUAUAGUUCGGCUCCUUUAUUGUUUUCUGGUGGAGGGUGUAAUGGUUUGUUUACUUGUUUACUGCUACCUAUGUGUCUAUACGUGUGUGUUUAGAACGUGAUUACGGGGUGUCGUAAAGCAAAAGGAAGUCUGUCUCAGCUAAAAGAUUUAUGAGUAGCAACUGGUAGGCAGGGUUAUCAGUAAUCAGAUGCAGAUGUUUUGAAUAUUUGUGUUUGUGCCUGAUUGUGCUGUUCCGUGGGGACGGCCCCUCGGAUGGUUGUGUCACUGUGUUGGAAAUAAAAGGCUGCACUGAGGAGGAGUCAGAGAUCUUAUACUUGGUGUAACACCUCUCCUCAUGGGCCAAAAACUGAAUUCUUGUGUCUGCCUGAAUUUGUCACUUUUUCCUAUAUUUUUCUAACAAAUGGUAAUGGAGUCCCACGGUAUUAUGAGUUAGGGCUUUCUACUUAUGUUGAAUGAACACUAAUACUGCAAAUCUAAUGAUUGCUGUCUCUCUUAAUUAUGCAUUUGUACUGUGGUCAUAAAUUAUGCAGCGUGCUGUUGAACGCCUUGUCCUGAAGGUUAAAUCCAGUUUUAAUUUAAAAAGCUGUUACCACUUUGAUGUCAUCGUAACUCGGUGGAAUCCGCUCAAAUUCCGGCCGUGGUUAGCGGGAAUCCUGCAUCUGAAUAAUUUGUCCAGACAGCCUAAAUGAUUAUUCUAAUAUUAUGCACUAAAAAUCCCUUUCCUGUGCUGUUUCCUCUCCACGUCUGUGUGUCUGUUCUUGUCACUUAUAAACAGUGUGUAUGCAGCUUGUUUCUGCCUGAAACAAAGGAGGUGUCAGGGUGAAUUAGCCCCCUCGACAACCCAACGUCCAGAAAGUUUAGGGAUGCACCACAGCUUUUGCUGAUUAACAUGAACCGUGGCGUCUGCCUUUCUCUGCUCAGCUCCUGAGGUUCUCCAACAAGGUUGUUGGAAGAGGACAAGGAGUGUUAAAUGAAUAAUUUACUCACAAGAGCGCUCCAUAUUUAUUUAAUACGCCUGGAUGUGACUGAGUGUUUGCUAAAUGAGCACUCGCUCAGCUUAAUGGAGAGCCACCGCAGCAGGCAUUUAGAGUUUGUUCUCUCUCUCGCUCUCCCUCUCUCUCUCUCUGUGUGUGUGUGUGUGUGUGUGUGUGUGUGUGUGUGUGUGUGUGUGUGUGUGUGUGUGUGUGUGUGUGUGUGUGUGUGUGUGUGUGUGUGUGCGUGCGUGCGUGCGUGUGUGUGUGUGUUACACAGACCGUGCAGAGUACAAUCUCCACCUUGGCCGUGUUACAGAGAACCCCACAUGGAGAAGAUGCACAGUCCACGUAAAAUGCCCAGAAUUCAACCUGCAACUUUUUUAUUUACAAGGCAUCAACACUCUGCCUUCAAUGCAAUCCCCCCAGACCUCCUCCAAGACAAACUGUCCCAGAUGAACGCACCUGACCCCAUCUGAAGGGGGAGUGAGGAGCAGAGGGACAGGACCACAACCAGCACACUGCCCAGAGAAAAGAGGAGGAAAGGCUUCCAACAGGCAAGCACAGCCGAAUCCUAAUUGGAAUGGAUUUCUCUCUUGCAUUGAUUUCCUCAGCUGAUGACAACUGAGUCCAGCCUUUCAAAUGAAGAGCCUUCAGUUCCGAAGCAUUGCUCCCAAGGCCCCAGCUGUGGUGGGCUCUGCCUCUCCUACAGCCAUUCCUUGCCAGCCACCGUCAGCCCUACCUGAGACCACCACUGCCUCCAGACCUAAGUCAAUCCUCGUACCCACUCAAAAUUAUGCACUCAUGCAAAUAGCCGGUCAAGAUGGUACAUUCUCCCUGGUGGCCCUACCCCCUUCUGUCUCCUCUCAGUCACCACCACAACAAACCCAGUCAAUCCAGAAAAACAUCAAGUUACCCAUUCCUCGAUAUCAGUCGAUGAGAAGCAGGACAACUUCAGAUAAGGGUAAAUCUCCGCCACUGGCUGCCAGUGUGAAACCAGCCUCUGGUGUCUGUAAAGUACCACAGAUUAAGCCAAUGAUGUGCAGAGCAUCGUCAGCCACUAUGAAAAAGUUACAAGUGACAAAGCACAUAAAGGAAACCUUAGUUCCAAAAGAGGAACCUUUAGAAAAAUUAAUCCUCAUGGAUUCAAGCUCAUCAGACAUCUCUGUGACUGCUGUACUUCCAGAUAAUGCUGUUCUCUGUCCAGGCACCAAAUUAGAGCAAACGUCAACCUGCUCUGAUCCACCUACCCCAACAAGCCUUAUUCAGAACCUCCAGUGCCCAUCUGUAACUCCCUCAAGCUCCAUGGGCAAAUCUCUACAGGAAAGUAAGCCUACAUUAAGGCUGUGCCAGGCUAAACCAGCUCAGCCCCAAAGCAGUAUCACUGUCCUGUCCCCAGCCAUCUUCAGUAAAGCAGUCCAAAUUAUUCCUUCCCCACCCAAGGGCAAAUUGCCUAUAUUGCCCUACUCUAAAAUGAAAAGCACCCUGAUCCCUACCACAAAACUCAGUAGUUUAUCCCAUGAACAAAAAGGCUUCUAUGGACAAACAGAACUCACUAGCCACUUAGAAACCACAUUCAAGAACGUAGAAAACACUGGAGACUUCAGUCAAAACCAGAUUCAGCUCCAGACCAAGCCCACGCCUGUUACUUUCACCCACCAGAAACCACCUGGCAAGAAGAGAGGUAGGAAGAGGAAGACCAUGGAGGACAUCCUGGCUUUUGAAGCCCGAAAAAAGAGGUCUCUGUCCUUUUUUCGUAGAAGGGUCCCAGAUAAACCACCAGCGGUUUUUACAGGCUUUAAACCAAAAGAAGUUGAUAUUUCUAAGAAAUACCGCAGCAUUCGUCCCAAACCAAUGUUGGUAAUGGAAACGGUUCCAAGACCGGUUAGUUUGCCUUCCAUUACACCAGAUGGCCAAGAGCAGGAACUUUUAAUCGGUCAUCAGCUACCUACUGCUACCACAACAAAGGCUCUAAACUGUCCACCUCAGCCAGCCCCAGUAACGCUCCAACUGAGAGGGUCCCCCCAUCCUAAAGUCUUCAUAGGUAGCCGUCCGCUCCACCGGUGCUCUAUCUGCAGCCGCAGUUUUAAAUUUAAGCAUCAUCUUCAGAGCCACAUGAACUCUCAUACCAAAAGUCAACCCUACAUAUGUCCCUUGUGUCGCAAAGAGUAUGCCUAUAGAGGCAGCCUGAGCACCCACAUAAAGCUUCAUCACUCUGAGGUUCGGCCACGACGCUCCCUGUGCUGCGAGUUCUGUGAAAAGUCCUUCGGAUAUAUCGGGGUGUACUUUCGUCAUCUAAAAGAGGUCCACAAGGUUGCGCUGACUGUGGAGCCAUCCAUCAGCCGUCACGAGGAGGGAACUACCUCACCAGAGCCGUCAGAUCAACAGGAUUACGAAGAUCCUGUGGAGCUGCAAAUAAAAUGUGGUCGCUGUCACGCCAUCACUCCCACAUUCACUGACAUGAAGAUGCAUCUGCUGUUUUUGCAUGGAGAGAAGGUCCACAUUCGUCCCCAAGACAGCCAGACCCUGCAGGGUGGUCGUGAGGUGGAGAACGAGCUGGUAAAGCAUGCCGCUCACUAUUGGAAACAACUCAACGAGAAACGCAGCUUGGUCAGGUGUGGGAGCUGCGAAGAGGAGUUCUUUUCAUUUUCCAAACUCAAGAAACACGUCAUGUCCCACCACAAUGACAGAAAUGAGGAGAACGAUGACAACAGAUCCCACUCUCCAGCAAGCUAUCGUGGUCUCGGUGUACUAGAAGCAGGUGCAGCUUUUAACUGUGUGCUUUGCAGCAAGGUGUUGGACACUAAAGAGUUGAUAAUAGAGCACUGGAGGAGUUACCACCGCUGUGAGCAGCACAGCCUGCUGUGGGAUGCCCUGAGCUCCUACUCCAGCCAGGAGAAGGGGGAAGCUGACGGGGAUCUAGACACCCCAGCCCCAAGCCCACUUUAGGCAGCCUAUUGGUAGAGCCCUUUAAUGUAACGUCUCUUCUCCUAACAAUCAGCAGCACAGGGAGAGAAGGAUUCUCUUACAGCUUUUAGUUUCAUCUUUCACCAUUAGUGACACCAGAGAAAGGAAAGAUCAUCAGGCCAGUGUUGAAAACGAAUCCCUGUCCUGCAAACCAUAAGAGAUAGUCACAUUGUGGAAAAACUUCAGUUUUAUGAAUGUUAUCCAAAUAACGUUAAUGUCGCUGCACUGUUCUGUUUGAGGGGUUUGGAUGUAUUUAAUAUUCAGCUCAAACAUCUAUUUUUCUACACGUUUAAAUCUUCUGGGUUCUGCCUAGAAAACACAGAGCCACGUCACCCGUGAACCCAGUCAUCAGUUAACCCACGCAGAGCGCUUGGGUUCCAGUCGGCGAUGAAGCUCCAGAAUUCCAACAAAUUAUCCAGAGAAUUCAAAUCUACUUCAGGGCAUUUUAUGCAAUGGGCUAAAGAUAUUCAAGCCUGAAGAAAUGUAACCCCACAGACUCCCUUUAACAGGUAUGAAAUCUGAUAAAUGCCCUUCAACUUUGAGCUGCCAGGUCAGGUUGUGGCAAAAGUGUGUCUAAAUACACACACACACACAUUUUUGCCACAACCUGACCUGGCAGCUCAAAGUUGAAGGGCAUUUAUCAGAUUUCAUACAAUACCUUUUCUUAACGUGGGUACACGAAUACAUGCUUUUCACGCCAGCAGCCAAGGAGCGUCCAUACGGCCUUCAGGGGGAAACAGAAAUCAGCUGUUUUAGUGUUUUGUGACUAAUCAUCAGUAUGACCUUUUGCUGGCUCAUUUCUUGACUUAUUAAUGCCUAUGUGUGUAUUUUGUGACAUGCCAAGGUCUAUUUAAAUUAGUGCAGGGGUGUCCAAUCCUGGUCCUGGAGAGCCGGUAUCCGGUGUGUUUUCGUGUUAAUCCUGGUUCAACACACCUGGUUUAACUCACCAGGUGAUUGAGAGGCUUCUGCAGAGCUUGGUGAACUGCAGCACAGGAGAUUCAGCCACUGGAUCAAGUUGUUGGAGAAGACACCCCACUAAAACACGCUGGAUGCCGGCCCUCCAGGACCAGGAUUGGGCACCCCUGGAUUAGUGAUUGUAGAUUGUACUGUUAUAUUCUAGUAAAUUCACAGUGAAAAGCAGCUCAUAUAUGCACGUGUGGAGUUAUGUGCACCCAGACUUAAGUCGUAACUGUUGUCAAAUCCAGAUAAAUAUGCUAUUUUGUACUUUAGAAUCAUCCAGAGGUCUGUGACUAUAUUUAUGCUUGUGGCUGGUCUUUACCUUUGUUGUGUAUGCUUCUUCAUAUUUUUGGGGGGCUAUUUUGUGGGUUUUGGUGGCUGUCGUCACGUGACUGUAGCUCUAUAAAAAGACUCACCAGGGUAAGUGAAUGUACCUGUAUGUUAAAGACAACCACCCACAUAGACGUAUCUACACAGAGUUUAUGAAUAUAUUAAACCGAAAGUAUAUAAAUAUAUAUUUACAUGGAGUGAGUCACUAGUGAACCUGCUGCUGUGAGAGUGCACCAUGACGGUGCAACAGAAGCCAUGCUUGUGUGGAACACAAGAUGACACCCCCACCCCCGGACUUGGUAUGCUGACAGUUUCCCAGAAUGUUUAAAAAACUUUAAAACGACUGAGUGUGUGACUUUAGUGUACCUGGAAACCCCGAUGUGAGAAUAAAGUUGUGCUACCGUU